UGCUUUACUUUUUUUUAUCUGUUGAAACAACUUUUGUUUUUUGUUGGUGGACUUAUUUUGAUCAUCAUGUCUAAACAUAGCUGAAGAUGAGAUUAAAAAAAAAAAAAGUAUGUUGUUUUGGUUCUGGUUUUUGGGUAAUUAGUCUUAUUUAUAUUGGUGAAGAAAAUUUGGAAUUUUGGGGGUGAAGUGGUUGACCUUCCGGUUUGAAUUUGUUAAAUUACUUGAAGGGUUUGAUGAUCGGAGGUUUUGUUUUCAGUGUGACCUGAAAGAAUUGUAACCUUUUCAUUACCACACUAUAGUGGAAGAAGUCCAAAAACCUGUUCCAACAAAGUUUAUGCAUGAUCACAAUGGAUGCAAAAGGUAUAAAAUGGGUUGGGAACAUAUAUCAAAAGUUUGAAGCUAUGUGCUUGGAGGUGGAAGAAAUAAUGUACCAGGACACUGUCAAAUAUGUUGAGGAUCAGGUUCAGAAUGUUGGGGCAACUGUUAAAAGGUUCUAUUCAGAUGUCGUGCAAGAUUUUACUCCCCCAUCCUCAGAGGAUCCUGUGAAAGUGCCAGCCUCUGAAUUACCUGGAGAACGCUAUUCUGAUGUUGGGAUCUAUAGAAGGCGAAAAGUAGGUAUGAAAAAAGAUCCUCUGAGGGUUGAUGUUGGGAAACAAGCUGAGGAUUCAAAAGUAAUUUCUGGUAUGAAUAAAAAUGUGGGCUGUGCAAGAUCUCUUCAUGCUGUUCGUGAUGUAGAUAAUUUGUGCCAACUAUCUUCUGGGGAUUCUGUGAAAGGAACUUGCUCUGAGGCAUUUUCAGGACAUCAUAGGGAUGGGAAUAUCUAUAACAAGUCAAACCUUGGUAUCCAAGAAAUUCCAGAAAAUAACAAACUGCCACAGACUGAAAUGUCAGGGGAAAUUGCACCUAUAAAUGACGUGGGCAGAGCAUCAUCAGAACUCUCAAAUCAAAAUCAGGGGGCUUCAUGUGACCAGACAGUUACAGUUUCAGCCCCUGCUUUGGUUGAAGUUGGAAGGUUUGACUCCAUAGCAGAAAGUUGUAAUGAGGUUGAAAAUGCAAGUGAACAUAUAAAUGAUGACUCAAUGCAUAGUGCAUCAUCUGAUAUGACUUUUUUGGUUGACUCUGUUGGAAAUGAAGGAAAAGAAAUGAGACCUCCAUCCUCUGAUGGCCUCUCAGAUGAGUCAAAUGCUGCGGACAUUUGUACAAACAAUGGGGCGAUUUCUCUUUUUGGUUCCUCGCUGGAUUUAGUACAGUACAAUGAAGUUGCUGAUAAGGAGGUUUUUGUGUCUCAUCCAGGAAGAUCAGAUGACUGGAGUUUGGAGGCACUUGAGAGUAGUACUGUUUCUGAACAGGGAGUGGAGACCACCCAACAAGAUGCUAAGGUAAAGCUUGAGGAAACCUGUAUUCUUGUGGAUGGAGAUGAACUUCAUUUUGUUCCUCACAAGGAAGGCAAACGCAGGCCGUACAAGAAAAAGAUUCAGGAAGCCUUUUCUUCAAGAAUAAGGUCGGCAAGGAAGCAUGAGUAUGAGCAGCUGGCAGUUUGGCAUGGGUCUGAUGGAAAAAUAAGUAAAGCAACGGCUGAGAGUUCAACGCCUCUGGUGAACAGGAAGAAAACCACAACUAAUGAUUUCAAUGAAACUGAGUGGGAGCUUCUCUAGAUACAAAAGUAUUUACUUUGUAAAUAAUUAGUGACUGCUUAUGCAGCCUCCUAUUGCAAGCUAAAAAGGUGAUUAAGGUGCUGUGCUCGACAUUCAAUGUGGCAGCCAUUCUACCUCUUAUAUAAGUUACAUGAAGUGGGUAAAAUGGUUUUAAAAAAAGGGAAAAAGGACCUAGCAUUAUGGUGAUGAAAUUUAUGAAAUAAAUUAUAAUUACCAACUACCAACUACCAACUACCCCAUGUGUAGGGUUAAAAGCAGGUCUAUUUACUUUACAAAUAUGAUGUGCAAACGUUUGCUCUGUGCUUAUGCUCAGCAUUGUUAGUAAAUACUCCUUCAUAUUUAAUGAAAGUGUUCUACCAAAAUCGACUUAUUUCA